UUCUACUUUUAUAUCUUCGUCAAAAAAAAAGAAGAAAGGUUAGAUUGGGCUCGAAAAGCUCUUAAGCAAGUGCAACCACCGUUCUCCCCCCCUUCUCUAGAAUCUAAAACCCUCGAGAUACGAAUCUCACCUGUAGGCUCGUACUCCCUCGUUCUCUUGCUCUCCGCUGUAUUUAAUUCCUCUAAUCGUAUUUAUCGGGGGUUCCUACAAAGAGUGCUUGUAACUCCAAAUCAGGAACCGGUCCCUCUUCAAUAUAUUUUUCUUUUCCUUUGAGUCAAAAAUUUGCGUUUUUUUUUUUCUCUGAUAACAUUCCUUCAGUUGUACAAAUCCAAAUGGGUUCCUCAAAAUCCAAGGCAUAAUAAUGGAGAUUUGGGUGGUUUUAUAGCAGCAAGAUGCUUUCUUUAAGGAAUUUCUGGAGGAGGUACAGGAGGACGGUUUUUGUUACUGUUGGAGUUUUAGGAAGUGGGUAUUUUCUGUAUAAGCUAUACAAUGCCAAGCGGCAUAGGGUCGCUGUUUUGGAGAGAGAACUCGCCGAGCGGGAGAAAUUCAUUAAGGCCCAAAUGCAAGCCCAUUUUGACAACAUUCAAAGAAUAGCUGAUACGACAACAUUGCCCCAUGCGAUGGAUAAUUUAAGUAGUCGUAUUGCAGAAGAACUGGACCACUCUCAGCUUACUGAGAGGCUCCAGAAAGCAAAGGGUCAACCGAACAGUUUGACACAUUCUGAGAAGCUUGAGUUAUGGGAUAGAAUCAAAAUUCUAAGUUUCACAAGAAUGGUUUUGUCCCUUUGGGCAAUGACAAUGCUGAGCUUGUACAUUAGAGUUCAAGUCAACAUAUUGGGGAGACAUUUAUAUAUUAAUACUGCUCGUGAUCUUGGCAGCUCUUAUUCACUUGUAAGCCCCUACCUUUAUUCUCAUUUUUAUGUUUCUCAUCAGAUUUUGCCCUUUUGUUCCAGACGUACCCAUUUUGCAAAUCCUGACAGAAUUAUUCUCAGCUCAAGUAGUCUGGCAAAUGCUGAUACCAUUGACUGGGAUGAUGAGCAGAUGUAUCUGGCUAGUGCUGAUUUUCUAUCAAAUUAUGGGUUACCGACCUUGAUUUCUGAUGUGCAAGCAGCAGCAACAGAAAUUCUCAAGGGAAAGAAGGUAACGUCGGCCUUCAACACUACAGAACUUCAUGAAACUAUUGUGCUGAUUCUUGAAAGGUUCAAGAGCCUCAGAAGCCCCCAUCGCUGGGUAAACUACAUGAUGCCUGAGGAUGCUAGAUUCUACAAACUAGCUACAGCCUCUAGCAGUGACAAUGAAAUUCCUCCUGAAGCUACCAAAUUUUACCAACUUAUGAUGGAGACACAAGCGGUGUUGGCAAGUGCCGAAUUUGGGAGUAUUGUCGAGAUAGCAUUGAAGGCAGUGCUUGGCACUCUGAUAGAGGAUGUGGUGGCCCAAUCUGGAGGCAGUCUAACAUCAGGGAUGGCACUGGCCAAACUUCUGGCUCGAGUUGCACAGAUGGGUCCCAUGCUCCUUGGCGAGCCUAGUAAAAAUCAGUUCAUCCAAAUUAUUCAAAGCGUUCCAGAAGUUGAACUCUUUUUCACUCUUCUCUAUGCAAACAUGCCCACCCCGUAGAUUAGUGAGUGAGCUUAAUUAUAAUUUUUACUCGCAUCUUAAUUUCGUUGCAAGGAUAUCAUCGAUGUAAAAAUUUAAAUGAGGCUGGGUUUGGGUUUUCAAAAUUUACAACAGUUUGGAGGAAUGAAUAAGAAAAAUAAGGUUUAGAACAUUAAUUAUUUUAUUCCUCCUCUCUUUAGUAGAUUGCUUCUACUAUCAGAAAAGUUUUCUUCCUUUUACUGUCUUCCGUACUCAUUGGAGUUGAAGACACACAAAGCUUCAUUAUGGAGGUGAAUGAUGAUGUAUUGUAGUUCUCUCUGUAAAGGAUCUUCUCUGUACUUAAAUAUGAAACCCCUACGGGUUGGUCUAGUGGUUUCUUUUACUUGAA